AAUUACAAUGAAUAAUCAGAAUCAGAACAAAGACGAAAUUUUAUGUAUAACCACACGUCACUGCCACGUAACAGCUGCUACCUGUGGCUGCUACACAAAGACCAUACAAAGACACAGCGACACAGCAAGGAAUAAAAGGGAACCCCAUCAAAUAUUGCCACUACCAGAUCGUUUGGUGAUCUCCAGUGUGCAAAACUAAAAAACCCUAGAUUUUAGUUUCGCUUUGUUUCUGUCAAAUGUCAAAUAUCUAGGUUAGGUUAUAAACAAAACCACAAAAAUAUUAUUUCGAAAAUAUAAAAUUUCAGAGGUAUUACAAUAGUGUUUGUACGUUUUAUGGCCAAAACGAUGUCUCAGGCCAGAAAUAAUUACCAAAACAACAAUCCCAAAAAUCAUUAUCAAAACAACAAUGCUAAUAAUGUAUAUGGUUUAAACCGAAGGCACUGCCUUACAAAAGAACAAAAGAAAAGAAUUCGCUGUCAGAAGCCCUAUGAUCGGUUCCAUUUUUAUAGGGGCUUUAAUAGGUAUCCACCACCACAUUGGAAUAAUGCACAUAGAAGGGGGGCCUUUGUUCCGAGGCCAAAUCCAAGACAAACUCCUCGAGAAGAAAAUUCACGAUCUCCAUCACCUUUCUCAGGUACUGAGGAAUACACCCAGAAAAAAAUACAAGAAACCAGUGAUAUGAUUAAAAAACAGCUAAUGAUGCCACCCGAAGCAGAGGAAAUUGUAAAUGUGGAGCAAAAUAAGGAGCUACCUCCACAGGAUACUACUGAAUGUAAAGCCACUGAAAACGACAAAAAUUUCAGUAAAAACGAGUCGGAAAAAAGCGUCGCUAAAUCCAAGAAGGUCACACAUUACAAUGUUGAAGAAAUUCACAAUAAAAUCAUAACCCACAUUAGUAAUUUGAAUCAUGGGAAGAAAAUGAACCUAAUUUGUUCCACUUCAUCAGGGUAUGACAUUGCCAUUCAACAGAUCCAAAAGCAAAAGAGAUUAGAGUUAUCAAAAGUGCUAAGAGAUAUGUGCACCAGUCAAGCAGUGGAAAGUAGUGAGGUUAUAAAUGCGAUUAUCCCUGAUAUUGGCAUAAAAAUCGAAGACUUACCUUUAGAGGUGAUUCAAGAACUUAGUAGCACAUUAGACUUGAAUUUUGAUGACUCUUCAUUUUUGGAAAAUAGUUGUGACACUAUAAACGUCAGAACUGACGUUUGUGAAAAUGGCACUCAACAAACUGAAAGGGAACAAAAUAUCAAGGAAGAAAUUAAUUGUGUUGAAAAUGAGUCCGUCUUUAGUUUACAACAAGCACAAAAUGAGAAUGAGGUCAUUAAAAUUAAACAAGAAUAUAAUUCUGACGAAAUUAUUGAAAAUUCAGAAGAAAUUAAUUGUGUUGGAAGUGAGUUUGUCUUUAGUUUACAACAUGCACAAAAUGAGAAUGAGGUCAUUAAAAUUAAAAAAGAAUAUAAUGCUGACGAAAUUAUUGAAAAUUCAGUAGUAGACAAAGCUAACUUUUUUGAAGUUGUAAAUGAGAUACAAUAUGGAUAUAUUUCACAAACAAAUGAUUCUGAGUUUAGUGAAACUAAAUCUCAAACAGUAUUUACAAAACGAUUAGUUUCAUCAGAAUCACAGACUGAUUUUGUAGAAUUCCAUUCCUCCGCAUCUCAAACUGAUAAUAAUUUAAGUAUCAGUAAAGAAUUUGAAGUUAGAGAAAACAUUGAAAACUUAAAAGAUGCCGUAAAAGUAAUGUUUAAAAUUGAUAAAGAAAUAGAGCGACUAACAAAACUAAGACAAACAAUUUUUACUAAAUUACAAGGCAAAAGCAAUCACAAAAAGUCUUCUGUUAAUCAGUUGAAGAAUAUAGUAAAUAAACGAAAAUUUAAAAAAAUAACCAGAGAGGGUACCACGAAGUGUAAAAGAAAAUUGAAUUUACAAGAUAAAAGUGCAGCUCAAAUCAUGAAUGAAACAAUCGACUUUAUUUAUAAGGAACCUCUGAAAUUUGAAAUUUUUUCAGAAAAAAUUUUGGUCCUGAAGUUAAUUGAAGAGGUGCUUCUGGCUGCAUCGGAGAGCGGCAAAAUUUUUUAUAUAAAUAUACACACCGGGACUACCGAAGCCACACUUCAAGUGUCUCACACACCGAUUACGUGUUUAUGUUACUUGGAAACCCCCUCAAAGCAAUCUCACUUAUUUGUAGGUUCAUUUGAAAGUUAUCUUCGCGAAUAUCAUUGCAACACCAGAUUACUUGUCAACAUUACCAACAUUACAGACUGUAUACAAUGCAUGGAACACGCAUGGGAGUACAUUUUCAUUGGUACGACCAACGGCAGGCUGAAGCGUUAUUCUUUAAAGCGAAAACUGAUAGAAUUUGAAGACACAAUUUCAGAAGAAGCUGUCCUUGUGUUAAAAGCAACGCAAGAGGGUGCUCGCCGUGUCCUUUUGGUGGGUUCGAGAAACGCCCAGGUGUGUGUUAAGGACGCGAUGUCGGGGUUGUAUUUGAGGACUUUAGGGGAAUGGGCAGGAUGUGUGACACCAACUGUGUAUAGUUUACUAUUGGAAAAUAGUUUGGUUUAUUGUGGAACAAUGUCUCAUGAUAUUUUAGUUUUUGGUUUUCAUAAUGGAAACUUGGUGCAUAGGCAUCAAGCCACGAAUUCUAAGGGGAUAUGUUGUAUGAAAAUUGUCAAAAACUUGCUUUUUGCCAGUUGCUACAAUGGGAAUAUUUAUGUUUACAAUGUAGUCAGCGAUAAUUAUGUAGGGAUGAUUGAAGGGGCAGGAGGUGUGAUAUUGUCAAUGGAAGUUUUUAAAAAUUUGGUUAUAGUGGGGACGAUGUCGCACAAUUUUAGGUCGUUGUUAAUUCCUGAUUACAUUCUAGAAAAUUGGGAGGCCUGAUUUUAUUCCAAUUUUAUGAAUUUCGAGAAAGCGGGCAUUAAUUUUCUAGUCGAUUUAAUUAAGAUUUAUUUAGAUUCUCAAACAUUUUCUAUGAUUAUUUUUUUAAAUAAAUUUUUCUAGAAAAGUG